GAGAUGUAAACCUCAUGGACUGAAAGUGUAGUUUGCUCAGUUUUUUCUUUUUCGAUAACCAAUUUUUCACUUUAUCUUUUCCUUUUCCAAAACCCCCCAACUGCAUUCCACCAUAUCUCCGACUCCCCGCCACCAAACCACCACCAACAAUGUCCACCGUACCUCUCCUCCGCCUCUCCUUAGCCCCACCACCACAUAAACCCCCUCGGUCAACCCUCAUCUUCCACCCUCUCAAACCAACCACCUUCUCACCACCACCCCUCCGUACAAAUUCCAUCAUAUCACGACCCCUAAAACCGAUCUCCGCCUCCUACAACACAACUCCGGUCACCGACCGCCUCAUCUCCGCCGCCGCAUACUUCUUCCCCUUCUUCAACGGCCUGCAAUACGGCCGUUUCCUCUUCGCCCAAUACCCCAAAACCCUAGGUCUCAUCCUCGAACCGUUACUACCAUUACUCUCGUUCUACCGGUCUGUUCCGUACUCUAGCUACCUUGCGUUUUUACUACUAUACAUUGGUGUUGUUAGGAAUACGAGUGUUAGUCGGUAUGCGAGAUUUAAUGCUAUGCAGGCUGUUGUGCUUGAUGUGUUGUUGGUUUUGCCUAUGUUGGUGCAGCGGAUAUUUAAUCCUGGGCCCCAUGGGAUUGGUGGGAAGAUUGUUAUGUUGAGUCAUAGUGCGAUCUUUGUUGGUGUUGCUGUUUGUUUUGUUUAUACGUUUGGGUAUUCGGUGCUGGGGCGGACGCCGAAGUUGCCGUUUGUUGGUGAUGCUGCGGAUAGGCAGUUUUGAAGAUUCGGCUUGGCGAGUUUGCGACUACGAAGUUGUGGACCUGUCGAUCGAAUAGGUGUUUUGUUAUGCUUGAAGUUUCUGAACCAAACAUGGAAUACGAUUUAUCAAGCGGUUGGCGGUUGCGCAUUUUGAUACUAGUUAUUUCUGACCUUGUUCGUUAGGUUUUGAACAUUUGUGUUUUUUUUUUCUCGGAGACUGUAGAGAGUGGAGUAUAUGCAGCUUCUAUUCGUACGAACUUGCAAAUUCUCAAACUUCCUUGUUGAAAUAUUUGAGCUGGUGUUAAUUCUGAGAA